CUGUCAAAGCAGUUCUCCCCAAGCGGAACCUUUGCGUGUACGUCAUCAAAGAGGCGCCGGACACAUUUCUCAGAGCACCGCAGGGAUCUCAGGGCGGUGACAAGCAGGCCGCCGACAAACUGCUCACCUGUUGUAAAAAGGGACGUAAGUAACUACUCGUCCGCGGCCGUGAAAGGUAGAAGCGUUCAGGGAGAUGGCGCUGCGUGCUUGUGGCUUCAUAGUGUUCCGUCGUCUAGCCGGUUGCACCCCUCCGCCGGACGGCAUCGAGUACCUCCUCUUGCAGACCUCUUAUGGGAAGCACCACUGGACCCCACCCAAAGGUCAUGUGGAUCCAGAUGAGGAAGACCUCACCACAGCUCUGAGAGAAACCAAGGAGGAGGCGGGGCUGGGGGCGGAGCAAUUGCAGGUGAUUGACGGCUUUGCGCGGGAGCUGCGCUAUGAGGUGCGAGGCCGACCCAAAGAGGUGCUGUACUGGCUGGCCGAGCUGAGAGACCCGGGAACGGCGGUGACUCUGUCUGACGAGCACCAGGACUACCGCUGGGCCCGUCUGGAGGAAGCGUGCACUUUGGCUGAGUACAAAGACCUGCAGGACACACUGAGAGCUGCACACACACACCUGGAGGUCCAGCAGGACGCGGGCCGAUGAACCAGGACACAUGCGGUGCAGAAGGGAUGAGUAAAGAAGGGAAAGCCGGCAUGUUGGUAGAGCACCCAAUGUGUCAAUUUAUGUGAUUGAUGAUUAUGUCUUUGUCAGGUUCAAAUACCGGUGAGCUAAACGCUGUCUGUAUGGUUCUGUGUAAUUUAAGGCUGCAUAGAGAGAACAGGUGUGGAGGGAGGACAAAGAAGACCGCUCUCUUUGGAAGUCAUAUGUUAUAAGGUUAGAUAUAUAAAUAUCUUAAAUGCAAAUGAACUCAAACACAAUAAGUCAGCGAAGCAGAACAUCAAGGAGAGUGACACUCACUCAGUGGAGCGCCGUAAACCUGAAGAGAAUUCUUCCCUACAGUUUUCAAUCCAUCUGCAGUAGAAUUAAGUGUUGAAAAUAAAUGUCACUUUUAUUUUUUUGUGAA